AUGGUUUCUUGCUUGAAAUCCCUCUUGUUCUGCUGUUUGUUAUUGUCAACCACUCUCUUGCAAACAGUCCUUUCACAAAAUCCAUCCUCUUGUUCCAUCGAAAAGAACGGAAUGAUUAUUGACUUAUCCAAAGCAGACAAUGGUACUUUUGGAUGGAUCAUUCAAGACUACAUUCCGGGAUCAUUUUACAACGUGAAUCCUUGUAAUCCAGCAAUUCCCACCAACAACACCUUUUGUGCAUUCAAUGCUGGUGCUGCUCAAAUUUUCUACACUGACAAUUAUUUCCAUAGAUGCAUUGCUGUGGGAAAGGCCGGACCAAAGAUUUCUCUCUUUGAUCCCAAUAAUAUUGAACAUGGAUUGGUUGUGGAUUUUGAUUUAUUUCCAGGUUCCAAUGGUGGCAUGAAUGGAGCUCAAUUAUUUAUGGUGUGUGAUGAAAAUGUUCAUUUCGAUGGUCAUUUCAUUGGAAAAUCGAAAAAGUUUUUGAAAGAGCAAUACAUCUAUAAUUUCAAGAUUAUUACAAAAUAUGCAUGUCCUAGAAAACAUCAACAACAACAGCAAAAGAAGGGACAUGUUCUCUUUCGUGGUUUGAAUUAG